AUGGUGAACAAAGCAGAGAUGUAUGUUGUAAAACGCAAUGGAAACACAGAACAAGUUUCUUACGAUAAAAUUACGUCAAGAAUCUGGAAGCUGUGCUAUGGGUUGAACUUGAAUUUCAUAGAUCCGACAGCAAUCAGCCUCCGUGUUAUCAAGGGCCUCUAUCCAGGAGUAACAACAGUAAAGCUUGACAAUUUGGCGGCAGAAACUGCUGCUACAAUGACAACCAAACAUGCAGAUUAUUCUACAUUAGCUGCAAGAAUAGCAGUUUCGAAAUUACAUAAAGAGACAAAAAAAAUGUUUAGUGAUGCAAUGGCAGAUCUAUACAAUGCAGUUGACUCGAUUACCAAGGAGCAUACUCCGGUUAUAAGUCGAGAGUACAAUGAUAUAAUUCAAAGACACAAAGAUAAGCUGAAUUCUGCUAUCAAUUAUGACAGAGACUUCGGUUACAAUUACUUUGCAUUCAAGACUUUGGAGAGAAGUUACUUGUUGAAAAUCAAUAACAAGGUGGCUGAACGUCCGCAGCACAUGAUUAUGAGGGUUGCUGUUGCCAUCCACAAAGAAGACCUGGAUAAGGUCAUAGAAACUUACUAUUACAUGUCUCAGCGUUACUUUACACACGCAACCCCGACGCUCUUUGCUGCCUGUACUCCACGCCAGCAAAUGUCCAGUUGUUUUCUACUCACGAUGACGGACGACAGUAUCGAAGGAAUUUUCGAUACGUUGAAAAGAUGUGCCGUAAUCAGCAAAUCAUCAGGAGAAAUCGGCCUAAGUGUGCACAACAUUCGUUCCUCGGGCACAAGAAUUUGCGGCACUAACGGUACGUCAAAUGGGUUAGCUCCCAUGCUGAGAAUUUUCAAUAGCACAGCCUGUUUCACCGAUCAAGGUGAAAACAAGCGAUCAGGUGCGUUCGCCAUCUACUUGGAGCCGUGGCACGCCGAUAUUUUCCAGUUUCUCGACAUGAGAAAAAAUAUCGGUAUAGAGGAGCUCCGAGCAAGGGAAUUAUUUUAUGCUCUUUGGAUCCCAGAUUUGUUCAUGAAGAGGGUUUUGGACAACGGCAAGUGGAGCCUCAUGUGCCCGCAACAGUGUCCCGGAUUGCAUGAUGUCUGGGGAAACGAUUUCGACCGAUUGUACGAAAAGUACGAGAGUGACGGCAAAUUCAAGAAGCAAAUCGACGCCAGGAAGCUGUGGACGGCGAUCCUGAAUUCUCAGGUGGAAACUGGAAUGCCGUACAUGCUUUACAAGGACCACUGCAAUCGAAAGUCAAAUCAGCAGAAUCUGGGCACCAUCAAGAGCAGCAACUUGUGUACUGAGAUCGUACAAUACUCCUCACCGGAUGAAGUGGCAGUGUGCAAUUUAGCAUCCAUCGCCGUUAAUAUGUUUGUUGCAGCGGACAAAAAAUUGUAUAAUUUCAAUAAAUUGAAGGAAAUGGCCAAAGUUAUCAUAAAGAAUUUAGAUAAAAUUAUAGACCUCAACUACUAUUCCGUUGAAGAGGCCAAGACAUCUAACUUUAGGCACAGAGCGAUCGGUAUCGGUGUUCAAGGGUUGGCGGAUGCAUUCUUACUGAUGCGUUACCCGUUCGAGAGCAAAGAGGCUCAAAAGCUCAACAUUCAAAUCUUUGAAACUCUGUAUUACGGAGCUCUGGAGGCGAGCUGCGAGUUGGCUCGAGAAAAGGGGCCUUACUCCACUUACAACGAGUCACCAGUUAGCAAAGGCAUCUUGCAGCACGACAUGUGGAACGUGACGCCAACAGACCUCUGGAACUGGUCUGAUCUGAAAGCUAAAAUAGCCCAACACGGUGUUCGCAACUCGUUGCUCGUCGCUCUAAUGCCAACGGCAUCGAUGUCCCAAAUUCUCGGUAAUAACGAAUCAGUUGAUCCAUACACGAGCAACAUCUACACAAGGCGCGUGCUCUCCGGUGAAUUCCAAAUCGUCAAUCCUCAUCUGAUGAAAGAUCUGAUAGAGCGAAAUCUUUGGGAUGCAGACAUGAAAAACGAUAUCAUUGCUAAUAAUGGAUCUGUACAAAAGGUUGACCGUGUACCUACUGACCUUAAGGAGCUGUACAAAACUGUGUGGGAAAUUUCUCAAAAGAAUAUUUUAAAGAUGGCCGCUGAUAGGGGGGCGUUCAUUGAUCAGUCCCAAUCUAUUAAUAUGCACAUGGCUAAGCCAUCGUACAAGAAGUUGACCUCUAUGCAUUUCUACGCGUGGAAAGCGGGGUUAAAAACAGGUAUGUAUUACUUGAGGACAAAGCUAGCUGCAACUGCCACACAGUUCACAGUAGACAAGUCCAAGCUUCAAAACACAACUACGAUUUAA